UUGCUUUCAAUUUCGUCUUUGUUUCAAUUUCAUUUCCACUACUUUCAGUUUCGUCGUUCUUUCAAUCUCCAUGCUUUUAUUUUCGUCUCAAUGCAAUUAUGUCUUCUGAUCUCAACGUGUCUCUCACUGUUCUCACCACGAACAUGUUUGUUUAUUUAUCUCUUCAUUUUGCCCUAACUUUCCUUGUUUUGUUGUGUGGUUGUCAAUUUCCUUUGCAAAGAUACUGAUACAAUCAAUCAGACUAGGGAUAGAAGUUUUAGGCCGAGUUCCAAGAAAAAAAGCAUUUUGUGAUGUUAGUUAAUAUACUAUGGCCACAAGCACUCCAGACAUUUUGGAAUUCUAGCUUUGGAAUGGUUCCAUAUCGAGGCAACAGGUCUAACUCCACACGUCAAAUUACUUACUUUGGAAGAAUGAUAAAGGAAACACAAUGUGCUAGGCGGUCUAUAGUGAGUGCAUAUUCACCUGAAGUCAGUUGUCAAGACCAAAGAAUGGAAGACAGGGAUCUCGGGGGAACGAAAAAUGUGUGUAUGAUAAUGAUUACAAAUAUGGAUAAAAAGUUAUCAUCUACAGUUGCAGAGUUCUUACGAAGAUAUACUUCUCUAUCAGUCAGAGUCUUCAUUUUUCCAAAUUUGUCAAUGGAGGUAUAUACUAGGGGAGCCAUUAUGGUGCAUUCUGAAAAAGAGUUCCAAGAGUUGUGUGGCUUUUUGAAUAAUCCCAACUGCAUCAUAACAUCUUCAACUGGCAGAUGGCUUUUGAAUUAUAUGGUAUGCUUGCCGGCAAUGUCAAUCCAAUGAUUGGAGAGAAUGUGAAGCCAGCUUAUGGAGGUGGAGAAUAAGCUUUUUUGGUUGGCCUAUGCGUGCUGAUGCUGAUUUCUUUUGCUUACCGCCUUCUGAAAAGUUGUUUUUUGAUAAAUCUAAUAAAUUGUGGUUUGACAAUGGGUUGGGGCAACAUCAUCCAAUUUAAGCGUACUCUUGGUAGAUGCAGCAGUAAUUUAACCAGUAGCAGGGAGAAAUAGUGGAGGAUUGUGCAUGCAUGUGUGUCACAUACCAAUAUUGCAACAUCGUCCAAUUUGCAUUAAUAAAAUAAAAAUGUGUAUGUACUCUUGAAGAUAUUAUGACGAAAAUAAUGGAUCUCAAGAUUGUCUUAGUUUCCAUAUAUGUAUAUCUUCAUUCCUUAGAUGCGGUGAAGUGCAGUUUCUAUUCAUUUAUAUGUUUAUUUAUACUUAAGUUGAUAAUCAGGUGAUUUUAGUG